AUGUUUACAUUUAAUGGCUCAAACUUCAUGCCUUCUACAUUCAUACUAAUUGGGAUUCCUGGCCUUGUGUCAGUGCAGUGUUGGUUUGGGAUUCUAUUCUGUGCCAUGUAUAUCAUUGCUGUGACUGGGAAUAUCAUAAUCUUAGUUACAAUAAAAAAUGCAAACAGCCUACAUACACCAAUGCACAUUUUUCUGACCAUGUUGGCAGCCAUGGAGAUAGCCCUUAGCACCUCUAUACUACCCAAAAUGUUAGGCAUCUUCUGGUUUCAUUCUCCAGAGAUUUCUUUUUAUGCUUGCCUAUUGCAAAUGGGACUUAUUCACUCAUUCCAGGCAACUGAAUCAGGUAUCCUGCUGGCGAUGGCCCUGGAUCGCUACAUAGCCAUCUGUAACCCCUUGAGACAUGCCGCUACCUUCUCCCAUCAACUGUUGACUCAUAUUGGACUUGGGGUGACACUUAGGACAUUCGUUCUUUUAGUACCAAGUCUUUUUCUUAUUAAAUGCUGCCUGAAGCACUACGGAACUAUAGUUAUCUCUCACUCUUAUUGUCAGCGCAUAGCUGUUUUGAAACUAGCAGCUCAGAAUGUCCGAAUCAACAAGCUAAUAGGCCUGCUGGUCACCUUCCUCAUCCUAGGCUCUAACAUCACCUUUAUUACCCUGUCCUAUGUUCACAUUUUUAUCACUGUUUUCCAGUUUCCUCAGAGCUUCAACACCUGCAUCGGUGUCUCCCUCCAGUUCUAGCUCCUGGCCUUCUUCUUUGCACACCGGUUUGGCCAACACAUCCCACCUCGUAUUCAAAUUCUCUUGUCCAAUCUGUACCUAUUAGUUUCACCUUUUCUCAAUCCUAUUGUCUAUGGAGUUAAGGCCAAACAAAUCCGUGACCAUGUUUUGAAAAUGUUCUUCUCCAAAAACAAAUUUUGA